AUGUUAAUUAAAAGUGAUUAUUGGUCUUUAAUGUGUAGAGGACGAAAGAAAAAGAUUGUAACACUUACAGUUAUAUUAAUACUUUUAAUUAAUGCAAUGUUUUAUGUAAGCUUGCAGCUGUAUGAUUCUGUUAAAAGAAAACAUAAAGCAUAUUGGUACAACAAUUUAAAUUAUGGAAAAAACUCAUAUGUGGAUGAGAGUGGAAUGAGAGUUAUAGUUGGUCAUUAUAUUGGAGCUGCCAGUGGAAAUUUAUCAGAUGAGAUUAUAAAUGGCAACCGUUACUCUCCAGUGCCAGGAGCUGGUGAAGGUGGCCGUCCUGUCGAGUUGUCGCAAAGAGAACUCAUAACAGCUCGGGAGUUAUAUUCACUACAUUCUUAUAACAUACUUGUUGGUGAUAAAAUAUCUAUUAACAGAAGUCUUCCUGAUAUGCGCAGUGACAGUUGUAGAUUUGUAAAAUUUGAUCUGGAAAAUCUACCAACAGCGACGGUAAUCAUCGUGUUUCAUAAUGAAGCGUGGUCUACACUUCUCAGAACAGUCAUGUCUGUCUUAACAAGAUCUCCUAAAAUGCUGCUUAAGCAGGUAAUUUUGGUAGAUGACUACAGUAAAAGGGGAUAUCUCGGCAAAGAACUAGAAGACGCUGUCGCUAAACUAAAUAAAGUGCAAUUAUUGAGGAAUCCUAAUAGAACGGGGCUUGUAGGGGCGAGGUUGUUGGGCGCUAGGAAUGCGAUUGGUGACGUGUUGGUGUUCCUUGAUGCCCAUUGUGAGGUGACUGAAGGAUGGCUUGAGCCACUGUUAGAGAGAGCAGGAAACGAUGAUGUCUUUAUUUGUCCACACAUCGAUCUUAUAUCUGAAAAUACCUUAGCAUACACCAAGAGUAUUGACGCACACUGGGGCGCGUUCAGUUGGCGAUUACAAUUCCGAUGGUUUAUGCCUAGCAGUGAAGUAAUCAGACAGAAAUUGGUUAACCCUACCAAACCAUAUUCAACACCUACCAUGGCGGGAGGCCUUUUCGCUGUCAGACGAAGCCUUUUCUGGAGGUUAGGCGGUUAUGAUGAAGGUAUGAAAAUAUGGGGAGCCGAAAAUUUAGAGCUCUCAUGGAGAGCAUGGCAAUGCGGUGCUAGAGUUGAGAUAACACCAUGUUCCAGAGUUGGUCAUAUAUUUAGAAAAAACAGCCCUUAUGGAUACGACGGUUUUAUAAAUAAAAUUGUGACUGUAAACCUUGUCCGAGCAGCUAUGGUAUGGAUGGAUGAAUGGGCUGACUUCUUUGUCAAGUUUAAUCCUUGGUUGGCCGACAUACGUGAGAAGCAAGAAGUCUCAGAUAGAAUAGAAUUAAGAAAGCGUUUGCAGUGUAAAAGCUUUAAAUGGUAUUUAGAAAAUGUCUGGCCUCAAAACUUUUUUCCAAACGAUAGUAGAUGGUUUGGUAGGAUCAAAAAUAAAGCAGGCGGAUGUAUAGGUGUUCUGCCUUCUGCGACUCCUGUGAUAGGUCGUGAUGCUACUAGUGUAAUAUGUGGUUCCGACAUGGAUAUAAAUAGUUUAGUAGUCUUUUCACCUGAGGGCAAAAUAAUGGCCGAUGAAGGGCUUUGCCUGCAGCAAGGAGUCGACGUCGCAGUUUGGGCUAGUUGUAAGAACCUUACCAACCAAAUAUGGAUACAGAAAGGCCCAAGGUUGACUACCAAAGGUGGUCUUUGUCUAACUAUGAUUAAAAAUAGAAAAAAUCAAAAAGGAAUUCUAGAGCCUCUGACAGCUUCAAAGUGUAUUAAAACAGAUAGACAAAUUUGGUAUUUUAACAGAGUGCCUUGGCAUUAA